CGGAGAGCCAGGGUCCCUGGUGGCGCGCCGAUUUCCCCAGUUCCCUCCACACACGUGUCCCCUGUUUUUUAGUUACCCCAUACACACCUAUUUCUGUGCUUUUUAGUUCCUCCUUGAAUUAUGUGAUUCCUCCUCCUGAUCUUUUACAACCCCCCUUUUUCCUUAAUUUCCCAUUAAAAUAGUUUUUUUAAAGUAGUUGAUAGAGUAAGGACUUUGCAGACGGCCUAGGGUUUCAGUGUUGACUCUCGGGUAAUAGUCGUGUUACUUUGGGCUUGCCACAACUUAACUGAGCCUCGGAUUCCUUAUCGGUAAUAUGGACAACGCUAUAGAAACUUUCUCCAAAGUGUAGCUGGGAGGAUUGUAAUAUGGCUCAGCGACUUCUCCUGAGGAGGCUCCUGGCCUCCGUCAUCACCAGGAAGCCCCCUCAAGGUCGGUGGGCACCCCUUACCUCCAAGGCUCUGCAGACCCCACAGUGCAGUCCCGGUGACCGGACAGUAACAGCCAGCCAAGCCCGGUCGUUAUAUACCACCAGAGUCUGUACAACGACCUUUAACAUCCAGGAUGGAACUGACUUUCAAGACCGAGUUGUCAACAGUGAGACACCAGUGGUUGUGGAUUUUCAUGCACAGUGGUGUGGUCCCUGCAAGAUCCUGGGGCCAAGGUUAGAGAAGGUGGUGGCCAAGCAGCAUGGAAAGGUGGUGAUGGCCAAGGUGGACAUUGACGACCAUACAGACCUCGCCAUAGAGUAUGAGGUGUCGGCUGUGCCCACCGUGCUGGCCAUCAAGAAUGGGGACGUGGUGGACAAGUUUGUGGGCAUCAAGGAUGAGGACCAGCUGGAAGCCUUCCUGAAGAAGCUGAUCGGCUGACGAGCAGGGAAGAGCCCUGAUUGCCCUCGCCCCCUGGGGCCCCAUGGUCCCGGGAGGGACCCCGAUAGAACUCGCAGUCCUUUUGUGCAGGCCCUUCACGCCUUCUCUCUCUGUCUGGCCCCCGGGGGCCCCUGCUGCAGAGACCAGGCCUCCAUGCGUGGGUCCUCCUCCAGUGCUUCCAACCCGGCCAACUGCCAGGGUGGCUGCCCGAGAAAUGGUGCUGCUGCUGGUCUGGGGACAGCUGUCCCCCACCCCCUCUCUGUGUCCACUCCCUCUGGGGCUGUUGUAGUUCUCCCAAGACGCUGGAGAGAGUCUGGUCCGGCCUGUAGCGUUAGUAGUGGCUUGGCCCUCGCCUCCCCGGUCCCUUCUCAUCCUGACCCCAGGGCCUGGCCCAUCUGCCUCCUGCAUUUUCCUUUCCUGCUGUUGUUUUGUAAAAAGAAGGAAAAAGGAAACCCAAACAAAUGAGAGUAAUAUAUAAUUCUCUCAUUUUUUGUAGGUCUGUAAUAAAGAACUUUAUGUGAUCUUUCCUGCCUCCUGCUGUGAAGAACGGACUCUGGGCCCCACACUGAAUUACUCUAGAGCCACCCCAGGCACAAGACGGGGGCAGGCUUUGGGCUGGGGGAGCCCUGCAGACUCUGGACUCUGGAAGUCUGCAGGUGCCACCCUCCCUCACCAUUAGCAGGCCCUUUGGCUCUCUGAGCAGGAGGCUCACUGGGAACAAAGCGGACCAAUAAAACCAGGGUUUGCGCUGUCAACAGCUUCCACCGUC